AUGAAGCUGGAUAUAAAAAAAGCGUUUGCAAACCGCUCUGACCGUGUAAAGGGUAUCGAUUUCCAUCCAACGGAACCAUGGGUCUUGACAACACUUUACUCGGGUAGAGUGGAGAUCUGGAAUUUCGAAACGCAAACGGAGGUUAAGUCCAUUGCGGUCACCGAUACUCCUGUGAGAGCGGGUAGAUUCAUAGCCAGAAAGAACUGGAUCGUGGUGGGCUCCGAUGAUUUCAAGAUCAGAGUGUUCAAUUACAACACUGGGGAGAAGGUGGCAGACUUCGAGGCCCAUCCUGACUACAUCAGAUCGUUGGCAGUGCAUCCAACAAGACCUUAUGUGCUGUCGGGGUCUGACGACACGACGAUCAGAUUCUGGAAUUGGGAGAAAAACUGGUCUCUAGAGCAAACUUUUGAAGGCCACCAGCAUUUUGUUAUGAGCGUGGCUUUCAAUCCUAAAGAUCCUAGCACGUUUGCGUCGGCAAGUCAGGAUCUCACAGUUAAGGUCUGGUCUUUGGGCCAGGCAACGGCUAACUUUACUCUCCACGCUCACGAAACUAGGGGAGUCAAUUACGUCGACUACUAUCCGCUGCAAGACAAACCAUACUUGAUCACUAGUUCAGAUGAUCGCACUGCGAAAAUCUGGGAUUAUCAGACCAAAUCCUGCGUUGCUACUCUGGAGGGACACAUGGCCAAUGUUUCUUUCGCAGUCUUCCAUCCUUCUCUGCCAAUUAUCGUGACUGGCUCUGAGGACAGCACCUUGAAGAUUUGGAACUCAAACACAUACAAGCUGGAAAAGACUUUGAACCUUGGGUUGGAAAGGAGUUGGUGCAUUGCCACUCAUCCAACAGGAAAACGCAAUUUAAUUGCUUCUGGUUUCGACAGUGGCUUCACGGUCUUAUCGCUGGGCAAUGACGAGCCUAAGCUCUCCUUGGACCCCGUCGGAAAACUUGUGUGGUGCGGAGGCAAGAACGCUUCUGCAACUGACGUUUUCACUGCCGCCAUCAGGGGUGGCAUGGAAGGGGUGGAUGGAGAACCCUUGCCCUUGCAAACUAAGGAGCUGGGUACGGUUGAUGUCUUUCCUCAGUCUAUGAAACACUCUCCAAACGGCAGAUUUGUUACGGUUGUCGGCGAUGGUGAAUAUAUCGUUUACACCGCCCUGGCAUGGAGAAAUAAAGCAUUUGGAAAGUGUCACGACUUCGUUUGGGGCCCUGACUCCAACAGCUAUGCAUUGAUAGACGAAACGGGUCAUGUCAAAUUUUACAAGAACUUCAAAGAAACCACUUCAUGGUCGUUGCCUUUGGAAUUUGGUAUUGAGAAGCUUUACUCUGGUGCGUUUCUCGGAGUCAAAGCUGAUGGAUUUGUCUAUUUCUUUGAUUGGGACUCAGGCUCCCUUGUCAGAAGAAUUGAUGUCGACGCUCGCGACAUCGUUUGGUCUGAAAAUGGCGAGCUUGUCAUGAUCAUCAACAACACAGAUGAAAGCAACACAGAUGAAAGUUCGGCUUAUGUUUUGGACUUCAACAGGGAAAUCUAUGAAAACUUUUUGGCCAGUGAGGAGGAAAUUUCUGAAGACGGCGUUGAAGAGGCAUUCGAAGUCUUGUAUGAAGUGAACGACACCAUCAGCUCAGGAAAAUGGGUCGGUGACGUUUUCAUUUACACGACAACAACUAACAGACUCAACUACUUCGUCGGUGGUAAAUCGUACAACCUUGCUCAUUUCGACAAAGAGAUGUACAUGCUAGGAUACCUCCCACGGGAUAAUAAGGUCUACUUGGCUGAUCACGAUAUUCACAUUUACGGCUAUGAAAUAUCUAUCGAAGUGUUGGAGUUUCAAACACUCGUUUUGAGAGGUGACUUGGAACAAGCCAAGUCUGAUGUGCUUCCCAACAUUCAGGGUAAAGAGAAUCUGCUCAAGAUAUCCAGAUUCCUCGAAGGUCAGAAUUACCACGAAGACGCUCUAGAGGUUAGUCCCGACAACGACCAAAAGUUUGAUUUAGCGCUCAAACUGGGGAAACUUUCCUUGGCUCAGACCAUAGUGACUGAGAAUGAAAACGAGUUCAAAUGGAGACAGCUUGGGGACAAGGCACUUCAAUGCUUUGACUUUAAAUUGGCUUUGGAGUCAUACGAAAAAGCCUCUGACCUUGAGUCUCUCUUCUUACUUCACUCUACCUUCAACAACAAAUCUGCGCUGGUGGAUCUAGGUCAAAAAGCACAGAAAGCUGGUAAGUACAAUUUGGCGUUCAAUUCAUUCUGGGUUGCAGGAGAUAUAGAUGGAGCAAGAGAACUGCUGGCAUCGAGCGAAAGGUAUUCCGAGGCUGCCAUUUUAUCCAAGACUUACAGUGACGAUGUUAACGCCACAAAUGACAUGAUCACAAAGUGGAAGGACAGCCUGAAUCUAGCCGGCAAAUCUACGAUAGCGUCCAGAAUUUUGAGACUUACCGAAGGCGACAAGAAUGCGAUCAAGGAAUCAUUAGUCGACAUGGAUACAAAAGAUGUUGAGCAGCCAGAAGUAUCGGAGGAUGACACACCUUUUCCAGCCGCAUCGAAGCAAUCCGAUGAAGUUGAGGCUUUGACACAAGGUGAUGAAGAAUCUCAGGACUAA